CUGUAUGUCCGGAAGGUGGGGUUUUGAGUUGCAGCGGACGGUCGGUCUGUGUUGGAACAGUGGAACUCGGCAGCCCUAUGCCUCGCUAUUCACCAUUAAUGCACUCAUCAAGAUAGCAGCAAGAAAGGGGAAACGUCAAAAUCUUGCUUUGGUGGUGUCAGUGAGUGUUUGGACAUAGUGACGGUGUGUGUGACAGAGACCAGAGAUGGCUGCCAGUAAGAGUAAGACCCAGAGUUCUCUGGCCUUGCACAAGGUCAUUAUGGUGGGGAGUGGUGGCGUGGGCAAGUCCGCCCUCACGCUGCAGUUCAUGUACGACGAGUUUGUGGAGGACUAUGAGCCCACCAAGGCAGACAGCUACAGGAAGAAGGUGGUGCUAGAUGGAGAGGAGGUCCAGAUCGACAUCCUGGACACGGCUGGACAGGAGGACUAUGCUGCCAUCAGAGACAACUACUUCAGGAGUGGAGAGGGCUUCCUGCUAGUCUUCUCCAUCACAGAACACGAGUCCUUCACAGCUACUGCAGAGUUCAGGGAGCAGAUACUGCGGGUGAAGGCAGAGGAGGUAAGAUUCCUGUUGGUUGUGGGGAACAAGUCUGACUUGGAGGACCGCAGACAGGUCUCUGUAGACGAGGCCCGAGCCAAGGCAGAGGAGUGGGGAGUGCAGUAUGUAGAGACAUCAGCUAAGACACGAGCCAACGUUGACAAGGUAUUCUUUGACCUAAUGCGAGAGGUGCGAGGCAAGAAGAUGUCAGAAAACAAGGACAAAAACGGCAAGGGGAAGAACAAGAAUAAGAACAAGAAGAGUUUCAAAGAGCGAUGCUGUUUACUCUGAACCCAACAUAGACCUUUACAACACAAAACACCACAAUCUAUCGUUACGCUGAGGAACCAACCAGCUCAGAAUCACACCAGAACAUCCCUCCUCACGUUGAGUCAAAAGUUUUAGAUUUGUUUUUAAUCUGGCCAUAGUAGGUUUGUUUAGCAGGUAUGGGGUUAGUUCCAUUUCAACUCUGUCAAUUCCGUAAGUAAACUAAAAUUCCAGUAGCAAUUUUGCUCAUUGCUUUUCAAUAAGGGAAAUUGGAAUUUCAGUUUACUUCUAGAAGUGAAAUGGAAUGGACCCCAACCCAGGUGUUUACCACAUUCUCAACCACUGUUUUUGCAACUAAAACUUAAGGUUAGAUAGAUAGCCUGACUGUUUAUUGUUUUUAAUGGAAGGUGACCAUUGUUCUGCUACUCUGUGACUUGAUCUGCAAUGCCUGACCGCUCCCCUGAUAACAACCUAAUGACCAAACUGCCUCCAACACUAACUUCAAUCUGCUUUGAUCUUGUUCUGUCUAUCUCAAUAGAUCUGUCCUUUAUGAUCAACUUAUGAUUAUACCCUUUAUUUUCAUCAAGAAUGGGCCUUGGGACAUUUUUGUCUAGAAUGGGAAUGGAUCUGUGAAUGGGGAUUGUUUGUCAAGCACAGAAAUGUAGCGAUUUCAAUGCUUUUCACUGAUGUCUAUGUGGUCAUGGACAUCACCACUAAGCUGUGUUUCUUAAUGGAAAAAUAUAUAUUUCCUAGUUAGUAAGAGUUGGGGACUAAGACUGAACUCGUCAUUGUUUCCUCUACAAUAGGAUAAAGCAAUUGUCAAUCAAGAAGGCUCAUUGCCUAAGGAGUCAAAGCACAUGUGGGGGCCAGAAGUUUCUUCGGGUCAGUUUACAUUGUCAGGAAAAACUCCUGACCCUAGUCUAAGAAUGAUGGAUGUUGAGGCAGUUAGCAGGCAGUGUUUUUGGAGCCACCUGCUGGCACUUAUUGGGUACUUCCUGGUAAAUACAGGAACUGAAAUGGAACUUCUGCCACAUCUAUUAGUCUGUGCAAUAUGGGUCAGUUGGCACCAUAAGAGGAGAGUGAGAUUUAAGUACACUCUGUGUUGCCAUUAACUAUCAGCCAGUCAAUGUCAGCUUUGGGUUAUUAAUAUUUGUACUUAUUAUGGAUUUUAUUCUAAUGCUUUUGUAGAAAGUGCACUACAUUGUUGCCAAUACCUUAAAAAAUAAGAACUCUUCAAAGUUCCCAUGCUGGAGAAUGCUGAAGCAGUUUGUGCCAACACCAUUAAGGAUAUCAUGAUAUAGGCUACCAACUCACUACCAAUUCACCCCUCUAUAUAAAUUAUGUUUGUAUAUUAACUGAGUGUAUGUAGGUAUGUAUGUUCAUCAGACAACAGUUGAUUCUUCUGGUUCAUUUGUGUCUGUGUGAACGAACUUUGGUCAUGUUCAUAAGGUAUCAAAUUGAACAAAACGGACAGGCACGUGGAGGGACUACCUGGACUUGUCCAAUAGGAAAUUGUCAUUUUUGUUUCAGCUGUAAACAUAAAAAAAUGUAUUGUGCCCUAAUGAAUGCUAYUCUGGUGAGGGACACAGCUCAUUUGCUGUUAUUGCUGGAUCAGUCACUCUGUUCUGCCCUACAACAGUAAAGUAAUAUUUCCAACAACCACUGUCCUAAUCAUUCUGCUCUUUUAUAACAAUGUGUGUCCUACUCUUUUCUUUUAAAGUUAGUCUAUUAUUGCUAGGUUUUCACCUUCUUUUCUGAACAAAAACCACUUCAAAAUAUGUUGCCAAAUAAAUGCUUUUUUCUUUGUAAA